ACUGAAUCAGUACAGAAAAAUAAAGCUUAGACUAAUCAAACAAUUUCAGACAUUAUUACGACUUAAACUCUUGUUUUGCGUUCCUCUUUGGUACAGGGUUUACGGUAAAGCAUGGCAGCCUCCUUACCACUCGUGAGAUCAGCUAGCUAGAAUGUUCUAGCACAUUCACAUUUCUGUGUUUAUAAGGGCAGAAAACUGAACUUGAAGCCAAGCAGAAGAAGCGGGCACAUUAAGUCAACACUGUUUAAAGGAGUCCUAAAGAGGUAGGAAGCUGUGUACAAUAUGGAAGAAGACAGGCAGGGCAGGAGAUAUCCCCCAAACCUUCAGGGGGUGCUGCAGCUGGCAGUGGAGGCCGGAUCAGCUGCAGAGGGACCUGCUCCUACUGAACCCAUGUCAGAUGAGAGGAAAACGUGGCUGAGAGACGCUCUUGCAGAAGUCGGCAAAGGGCAGAUGGACGAGGUCGAGCAGAUGAAGCGCUGCGUGGCUCUCUUGAGACAAGAGGGAGCAAACAAAGGGGAGCAAGAAGGAGAGGAGGAGCGAGAUGAAGAUCAUGAAGAUGAGCGGGAGUCAGCCUUUGAGAUUCUGUCAGAGCUGUGCGAGAACCUGGACAAUGCCAGAGACCUGAUGACUCUGGGUGGACUGGAGCUGUGCCUCUCCCAGUAUCUGUGUCAUCCUCAAAGUGGGCUGAGGUGGCGAGCUGCUGAGCUCAUCGCUUGCUGCGCACAGAACAUGCCGCAGGUGCAGGUCUACUUGCUUAGCAACGGAGCACUGCCAAAACUUCUGCAGCUGACGGACUCGGACUCCAACGCCACGGUCAGAGUCAAAGCCCUCUACGCUGUGUCGUGUCUGGUUCGGGAGCAGGAGGCAGGACUCCAGGCGUUCUUGUCCCACGAUGGCUUCUCGGUGCUGAUGCGAGGGAUGCAGACGGGGAACGAGAAAGUCAGGACCAAGUCGGCAUUCCUUCUGUUCAACCUGCUGACGUCACAUGCUGAACAGAAAGACACAGUCCUUUCCAUGGGAAUGGUGCAGCAGCUGGUGUCUGUUCUCCGCACGACACACUCGCCUUUCCAUGAGCACGUGCUGGGCGCUCUGUGCUGUCUGGUGGAGGAGUGUCCGCAGGGUCUUAAAGACUGCAGGAAUCCCGCUCUAAACCUGGAGGAGUUACUCAGGCAGCGAUCAAGAGAGCUCCGAGGGAAAGAGGAGAGUCAGGAAGAACUGGACUUCUGCGAGCGCUUAAGAGUGGCAUGUUUCCGCGGGCAGCACGAUGAAAACGGGAUGGAUCGUUGAAGUUUCACUGACGUCACCAGUUCUAGUGUCGGCUUGCAGAGAUGAAACAGAACAUGGCACACAGCUCACAGAUGUUGAGAAAUGUCUCUGUUUGUUUCUACAGACGCUGUGGAUAUGUUGCAUGUAAUCCAGGAGCUGGAUUGUAUUGUGUAAAUAACUCGUAUGUAUAAAAAAAACCUUUUUCAUGCCGCUGUUAUUUUAGUCCAGUGUUUCAGUUUGUCAUAUCAUGAAUGUAAUCCCAAACAUCUCCAUCACGGGAUGUGUGUAAAGAACUUUUAAAUUGUUAAUAUGUAAACCCCCUUGUACUGAGCAAAAGUAUUUCAGCCCCCUGUCUCUUAAAACACAACUCAGAAGUACGGACAUUAUUGUUUAUUUUUUAUACCAUAUUUAUUUAUGAACAAAACAAAUAGGAGAAUUGAAAUACCUUUAAUGGAAACCAUUGUCACCACGUGUACAACCUACACCUCAACAUGGAUGUAAUGCAAAGCCACUGAUUGGAAUAUGUUGUAAUAAAUCACACAAUACAAAUACAUAUUCUUAACUAAUA